CACCACACCGUAAAAUGAAGAAAGAACAAGAAAAAGAAAAUAUGAACCCAAAUGCAGGCGACCUCCCAAUCGGUUGAUCACCCCGAAGUUCAUUUUACCCAGCUGUCAGUCAGUCAUGGUGGCAGCGCUCCAGACCGUGGCCAACUGGAGCUACUCCGUAGUUACUAAGUCAUCUCGCAGCAUUCUAGCUAGCUGGUUAGCCAGGGCGAGAGAAGGAUACAAGUGGAGCUCGAGCUCUGAAGCAGGAGAGAGAAAGCGAAUAGGUGUGAGCGAUGAGCGAGAGAGAGAAAGGCGGCCAGUCCUGCAUGGGUUUACGCGGCUGGAGAUCGGCUUCUCAAGGGCUCCAUCUUGGGGGGGGGGGGGCACAAAAUGGUGGGACAGGGAAAUGAGUAUCAAAGACAGUUUAGUUGAGUGGAUUAGUGAGUUAUUAAGUAGUUUGGUGAUGGAGUCGAAGAGAGGAGAGAGGGCUGAUUAGUGUCGUUCUGAAGUAAUCAGUAUUUGCCAUUCGCUCUCUCUCUGUAUGGAGUAGUGAGAUGCAAGACAAGCAAUCCCAGAGA